UUUUCCAUCGCCCUCCCCUUAGCCGAACUCCUGAUAAAAUUCAUCACUCAGACUAUAUAACUUCCAACUCGAUCUCUUUUCCACUCAAACAAUUAAGAGAUAUCUUAUUCCGAAACAGCUGAUAGAUUUGAAUUACAUUUAUUCCCAUUGCUUUCAAGUUGACAGGUGAAAAUUAUUUUCCCCAACCUGUGACGCACGAUAACCCAGACCGCAGAAUUGGAACGCAACAGCCUGAAAGGGUGUAGAAAUAAAGCAUCAACUUCAAAGAGGUGUGUCUUUGUGUACGAGUUUUCGGGCAAAUAGUGAUUGAGCAUUUAAAACAACGCGCAUCCGUUUCCGAUUUCGCUCUUUUUUACAACACUCCUCUUCAAAUCUGUAGUCUGAGAUGGCGACAUGCGGCGUGGUUUCUAUAAUACCUAAAUCGAACCCUAAAUAUCUUUCGAUUGCUUAUUCGAUUUUGAGAAAUGAUAUACGAAGUGGUCAAGUUUGCUGGAAGUCUACAGCAGCUACAGUGGUAACUCCUGAAACGUCAACAACUUCAAAUGAUACUACGGAGUACCAAAAAGAUGUUCUAGAUUUGACGUUUGAAAAUGCCAAAGAUGCUUACAAGAGUAAAACCACGUGGGAACUGGUCCGAGCUCUCAUGGUUCUCAAAUUAUCUACUUACGAUUUCUUGGUGGAGAAUAACCAAAAGCUGCUUAAGUUUGGAAAACGCAUACUUGGCCGGUCACUGUUCAAUUCAUUGAUGAAAAAUUCCUUUUAUGGACAUUUUGUUGCUGGGGAAAAUGAACGAGAAAUACAACCUGUUAUUCAAAGAAUGCGCUCGUUUGGUGUAAAAAGCAUCUUGGAUUACAGUGCUGAAGAGGAUUUAAGUGAGCAGCAAGCUAGGGAAGCUGAAAUGAGUGGUUGCUUGUCAUCAGCAUCUGAAGAUGGAAAACUUGGUGAAAUGAAGCAGUAUCAGCCAUAUGAAGAGUUUGCUGAUAGACGAAAAUUCUGUCCUGUUGCUAGAACUUAUUUUUAUCUGGAUGAGGCUCAAUGUGAAAAAAACAUGGAGAUUUUUCUUAAAUGUAUUAAUGCUGUUGCAGGUACCACUCAAUCGACAGGUUUUGCUGCUAUCAAAUUGACGGCACUUGGAAGACCUCAACUUCUGAUGCAACUGUCUGAAGUAAUUGCACAAACAAGGAAAUACUUCAAAAAUAUAACUGGAGUUGAGCGUUCUAUGGCAUAUGCUAAUGUCACUCCUGAAAUACUAGAGCAUAAAUUGGAGGAUCACAAUAUAAAUACUACAAAAAAGGAGCUGAAAGAGUUUUUUGAACACAUGGACUAUGAUAAAAAGGGAUUAAUGAAUCUUUUUUGUUGGAGUGGCCUUGUUGACAUGAACUAUGUGAUAUCAGAUCUAUUUAAAGUUCCUAACAUUAAGAGUGGUAAAAUGGAACCUCUUAUAUCAGCUUUAACUGAAGAAGAGGAAGAAAUGUUUCGUAAUAUGAUGAGAAGAGUGCACCAUAUUGCUAAGAUUGCUCGUGAGAAAGAUGUUAGAGUAAUGAUUGAUGCAGAACAAUCUUAUUUUCAACCAGCUAUCAAUAGGAUAACUAUGGAAUUGAUGCGUAAAUAUAACAAGGAAAAAGCCAUUGUAUUCAACACUUAUCAGUGUUAUUUAAAGGAGUCCUACAACAGUGUUAUUCUUGAUUUAGAAUUGGCUGAUCGUCAGGGAUUUUACUUUGGUGCUAAACUUGUUAGAGGAGCUUAUAUGGAACAAGAACGUUUGAGAGCUCAGCAAAUUGGUUAUGAAGAUCCUAUAAAUCCUACAUUUGAAGCAACUACAGAGAUGUAUCAUAAGACACUCACUGAGUUGUUGGGCCGCAUUGUAACAAAAGGUGACAGAAAAACAGCUAUUAUGGUUGCAUCACAUAAUGAGGACACUGUUAGAUUUGCUGUAAAAAAAAUGGAUGAGCUUGGAAUUAAACCUGAACAUAAAGUAAUUUGCUUUGGACAACUAUAUGGCAUGUGUGAUCAUGUUAGUUUUCCAUUAGGGCAGUCUGGCUAUUCUGUAUAUAAAUAUGUCCCCUACGGUCCAGUAGAUGAAGUAUUGCCGUACCUUUCUCGUCGUGCUCAGGAGAACCAUUGUUUGCUAAAAAAGUCUGCCAGAGAACGAAAACUUUUGUGGAAUGAAAUACAACACAGAAUGAUCACUGGAAAUGUAUUCAAGAAACCAGUAGGAAACUACAAGCCUGUCUGAAUAUAGAUUUUUUGUUUGUUAGGUUUUUAAUGUAAUUUAUAGUUAUAAAUUCAUUGAGUUUUACAUGACCAUUGUGAUAAAUGUUCUGAUUUAAUUUUCUUCAAUACUUAAACGGUUACAGAAAUUAAAAACUCUUGUGAUUGUAAAAAGAAAUUUCUCCCCUCACUACUUGAAGUAUCGAACUUUAUUGAAUGAAAAGUUAAUGUGUGAUAUAUAUUUCUUAUUGGAGGAGAGAAAUAUACCUAAAUAUUGAGAGCUGACCAUGUCAUUUUAAAAAUUAUUUUUAAAAUUUGUAUAUAAUAAAAUUAAAAAGGCAUUUGCUUUUUAUACAAACAGCUCAAAAUAUAUUUUAUGAUAAAUAAUUACGUUAUUUAAAUUAAUAUAUAUUUUAGAUAUUUGUAAUAUGCAGUUGUCAAUAACAUGUUUUAAUGUUAGUUAUAUCUGUUAUUUACAUUUUAUGAAUUACUAAACCUACUCUACCAUUUUGAAUCUCAAAUUCCUACUAGGGAAAAAUAUGUUGUAUUUUAAGUUUAGCAUGCAUUGUUUUUUUUUAAACCACAUAUCAUCAUUUGACUCUUACUUUACUUCUGUGUCGUUUUUAAAGUUAUAAAAUACAUUAUGUUUUUGUAGACUUUGAGUAAAAACUAACAACUAUUUGUGUAAAUGAACUACCAAAUAAAGUGCUUGUUUGAAUUUU